AUGUUUCUUCGUCUCAAAAGCACUGCUUUGCCUAAUGACAGCAUUCGGGAUGACAAGAUUUCUCCCGAAACAACACCACACUCUCAUCAUGAUUUCUCUCGACAUGAUUCUUCCUCUUCAUCCUCCGUCAUGAUUACACUCUUUCUUGCUUCCGAUACAGUUGAAAAUGUGGUGGAAUUCAUACAAGACCAAGAUCGUGAAAUGGUUCAACAGGUAUGCAGGUGCUUUCAAGAGGCUUGUCGUGUGGUGGAGAGACGCGAAUUUCUCUACAUGUGGCACGAUGAGAAUAGGUGUUUACUAAAACCACUUUCGGAGCCUCCUGUCGAUGAACAAGUCCUUUCUCAGCGAGAAAUGGAAUUGAAAACAAAAUUUCCAUUGUGUUUGAGAGAAUUUCUGAAAAUCACGAAUGGAAGACCCUCAUGGAGUGACGACGUACUUCAUGUCAAUAACCUUCUGAAUCGUGUAGAGCUUUGGAAAUAUGAUCACUCUCGAAAAUUUAUCAUUUUAGGACUUUCCACUCAAAAUUCCAAUGCCUUGACUUUGGAUCCCAAGAAGGGUGUGAUUCGAUUAAAUCAGACACGCGUUCAUUUCAAACAUUUCGUGACCAUGCAGAAUCGUCCAUUCCACUUCUCCCUCUACGACCAAGAAAAGUUUCAAACAAAAAAAUAUUUUCCUUAUAGCGUGCAUCGAUCCUUGUACAGUUUGAUUCCUUCCACCUUUGCCUCUCAACGCAAUAUGACCUUAAAAUGUGUCCAAUGUGAUGGAUUGUGUUUGGAAUAUGCUUGUUCCGAUUUUAAGAAAGAUCCUCAGAUCGUUCGGGAGGCCUAUCUGCAAAAUCCAAAAUCCUUUAAAUUCUGUUCGGAAGAAUUACGGAAUCAACUGAAAUUUGUGAAGGAGCUUUUUCGUGUGGAUCCUCAAUGCCUCACGUACUUGCCGAUUACCCAUGAACUCUUUUACCGAAAGGAAUUCAUGCUUGAAGCGAUUCAAAUUGAUGGAUCAUGGCUCCGUAAAGCCUCACAUGAACUCCGAAAUGAUAGGGAAGUGGUCAUGAAGGCAAUAGAAUCGUAUCCAAAUGCUCUUUCGUAUGCCUCUAAGGAAUUGAGAAGUGAUGAGGAAGUGGUCAUGACGGCUCUGAAAAGAAAUGUGAAGGCCUUCCAGUAUGUUGAUCCGAGUCUUUAUGGAAACGAAACAGUGUUGCGUUAUGCCAUUGAACAUGACGGAUACUUAUUUCAAUCUCUUCCUGAAGAAUUUCGACGAAACCAACAAUUAGCCCUUCUUGCAUGUAAAACAACGCCUUUUAUUUUGAAAAAGUUUGAUUUUCAACAACCGAUUAGCCAAUAUCGAGAAUUUGCAUUGCAAGCUGUGAAAAACAACGCAAAGACUUUUUACCAUUUACCCUCUAUAUUCUCAAAUGACCGUGAAAUUGUAAUGACAGUGAUUCAAAGCCCAGAGUUCGCUUUGGAUAAUUAUCUCUUUCAUAGGGUGGGUGAUGAUUUGAGAAGUGACAAGGAAGUGGUUAAGUUGGCCAUUCAGCAUAAUCCAAUGGCUUUGCAAUAUGCAGGCGAGGCUAUGCGUGAAGAUCUCGAAAUCGUACUCCCAGCCAUUCGAAAAUGUGGAAAGGCCUUCACCUACAUUUCUAAGAAGUUACAAUGCAAACAAUAUAUUGCCAUGCAAAGAAAUGCAGAUCAACAGGUUCAAAGCGAUCCAUCCAAAGAUGAUCCUCGUAGUAUCACGAGUGAGAAUGAAUCUCUCACUGCAUGCACCUUGAAGAAGAAUUCUUCUUCGCUCCGAAAAAAAGAUAAUAAGGAGAAAAAAGUGAAACUGAGUGUAUCGCUUUGCAUAGCAAAACUGCCAGCGAAACAAACUUUCGGGCUUCGAGUAUUAAGAUUUCAUUUCCUUUUUGAAUCACACUUCGGAAUUGUUAUAUUACAGCCAUGUUGUUGA